AUGUGGUAUACCGUGAGAGAUCUCGUCGCUGUAUUCAUAUUGUUAGAGAUAGUGAACUCUGCCGGUGCGAAUAGCAAGCACAAUGUUCACUGUAAGAACGAAAAGGGAAAGGAUGUGGACUGGUUUGUGAUGUAUAAACUUCCCAAGAUGCAAAAGUCCCCGGACAAUUAUGUAACUCCGGAGGGUGAAGAGAUAGCUUACUAUGACUCAAACAGCAAGCAGGCCAAGACCAAGUACUGGACGAGGCUAACACACGGCAUCUACAAUCGAAACAACCCUGUGGCCCACACCCUGAAGCCUCUGUAUGAAAAGCAGCAAAAAAUCAAGCACCUCGCGUACGUGGCCUACAACGACCAGGCUCCAGAGGGAUUCAAUGGAACGAAGGGCGGCCAUUCUAAAGGAAUCCUCAUGGUGGGAGCCUCCAACACUGUAUGGCUUCAGCACAGCGUACCGAGGUUUCCCAUACUGCACGGCGGAGAAUAUAGUUAUCCUAAGAACGGUCGAGAGAACGCCCAGCUCUUCCUCUGUGUCACUUUCUCCGCCAAAGAUUCGACCGACAUAAUUGCUCAACAUCUACGUGUGCAAUACGCCAACGUCUACCAAAAACACGCUCCACUUACUAUACUGAAUAAAUAUCCAAAAUUUAAACUGCUGUAUGAAGGGGUCUACGUUACUAGGAAGAACGAAAGCCUCUUUAACGAUACUCUCAGAAGCUUGGGAAGACAGCGUCUGCAAUCGAUUGCGAAGCGCGGCACGUGGAAACAAGAUAUAUACGCUGCAGUGGUGGCUCCUUAUAUUGUCAAGGAUAAUCUUUAUGUCGAAAGUUGGAGAAACGGGGCCGGAAAAGCGGAGACAUCAUUCUGCCGAAAGACUUACUCCGUGAUGAACGUAAAGACAGUAAUAAUUAUGUUCGGUCACCACAAAAAAGAUCAAAUCAUAUUCAGUUAUAGAGAGGACCAUAGCAAGUGGGCAGUCGCCGAGAAGGUUAACUUCUUCUGUUUUUCCUCUCUUAAUAGAAUGGAAUCCCAGUACAAACGGGGUGGCGAAGUGACCUGCAUGGAGAACGCAAAACUCGCGCAUCUCUUCCGCAACAGCAUCAAAGAAGUAGAAAUGUGCGAUGACUUACGAGGAAACCGAAUUCCUGAAAAAUAGACGUUUGUUUAACAUAAAACUUAGCUUUAACUGUGAACUCAACGUUUCGUGGCAUGAAGGGAAGGCGGUAACACAAAAUAGCGUGAUUAGAAAGUCUAAUUAAAGAGGUCCAAUUUUGUUGUAUUUGAGCACAAAUUAGAAGCCACAAUUUUUCUGUCUUGAUAUGCGCG